GCGGGGACGCACGCGCAUGCUCAGUGCCGCUGGAUCGGCGCGCGCUGUUUUGAAAGUUGUUCGGUUUGGUUGCGACAGUCGCUGCUGACGGGCUUCUGUGCGUUUAAUUCGGUUAGUGUGAGAGAAUGGCUCAACAUUUCGGGCGGUUGAAAGUGGGGCUGAUUGUAAAAAUUCAGCGUAGCAAUGGGAUGAUACAAGAUGCAAGUAUAACUGAAUUGUUUACAGAUAAGUCCUGUGUAAGAGCUGAGUGGCUAGAAGACACCGUAAGUAAGGCCAAAGAGAUUGACAUUGAAAGCUUACUGUUGUUAAAUCCUAACUUAGCAGAGAAAAUGCCACCUUCAAACCUGCCACGAAGAAACUCCAGGGUCCCAAGACGCGAAUCAGUUCUCCCAAGGAAUGGGAUUGCAAAGGAAAAGCCUGUGCUUGAUUCUGAUUCUGAUGUUCCAGUACCGCGCUCGACUCGUUCAAGAACACAAGCCACAUUGGAAAUGCAAAUUAUGCCCAAUUCUAGACUAUCUGAAGUAGAACCUGUAAUGUACAAGAAUAUUUCCACAGGAAGAAAAUCUGUAUGUGUAAGAGAAACUGAAAAGCUGAAGAAACAACGUGAAGAUAGGCGAACUCAGUUGCAGGAGAUAAGAGAAAAACGUGGACAGGACUAUGAUGCUGGUAAUCCAAAUUGGGAAUUCAUGAAGAUGAUUACAGAAUUAAGAGCUACGUUAGACUCUUAUCAACAUCUAUCUGAUUCAGAUCCUAUUGAGCUUCACAAAAUAUGUGUCUGUGUCCGAAAACGACCCCUCAGCAAAAAAGAAAAGGCAAAAAGGGAGAUUGAUGUGAUUACUAUCUCCAGCAAAAAUGUAGUUCUGGUGCAUGAACCAAAGAUGAAGGUUGAUCUCACAAAAUACUUGGAUAACCAGCCCUUCAGAUUUGACUAUGCCUUUGAUGAUUUUGUUACCAAUGAAGAGGUAUACAGAUUCACAGCAAAACCUUUAGUACAGACCAUCUUUGAGAGGGGAAUGGCUACCUGUUUUGCCUAUGGACAGACUGGAAGUGGCAAAACUCAUACUAUGGGUGGUAACUUCUCUGGGAAAAACCAGGACUGUUCAAAAGGAAUCUAUGCCUUUGCAACUCAGGAUGUGUUUUUGUUGCUUGAACAGCCUCGAUACAAGGAUCUUAAUCUGAAAGUAUCCGUAAGCUUUUUUGAAAUCUACAGUGGUAAGGUGUUUGAUCUUUUGAAUAAAAAAGCUAAGUUGCGUAUAAUGGAAGACAAUAAACAACAGGUACAGAUCGUAGGUCUCCGGGAACAGGAUGUCUUCUCUGUAGAUGAUGUGGUCAUGAAUAUUGAUAUGGGGAACAAUUACAGGACAUCUGGGCAAACCUCUGCAAAUAGUAACUCCUCUAGGUCCCAUGCAGUCUUCCAGAUUCAUCUUCGGAGGAAUGAUAAACUUUAUGGUCAGUUUUCUCUCAUUGAUCUGGCUGGAAAUGAGCGAGGUGCUGAUACUAGCAGUGCAGACCGACAAACCAGAAUGGAAGGUGCAGAGAUUAAUAAAAGCCUGCUUGCCUUGAAGGAGUGCAUUCGAUCACUGGGACAGAAUAAUAUCUAUACACCAUUUAGAGCAAGCAAGCUGACCCUGGUACUCAGAGACUCAUUUAUUGGUGAAAACUCUAGAACUUGUAUGAUUGCGAUGAUCUCACCAGGAUUAAAUUCUUGUGAACACACGCUAAAUACACUGAGAUAUGCAGACAGGGUGAAGGAACUUGGUGUUGAGGAAGUUUCCAAUGAGCCAGCAUCUUCCAUAAUACCUGAAGAGCAAGGAUUCAAUGAAUCCUUGGAGUCUGACAUUCGGUUGCUCUGUGAGAAAAAUGAGGCACCAUCAAAGAUUUGUGACUUGCAUGUAGAUGUUUCUCGAAUUCUUGAACUAGAAGAGCAAGUGGUGGAUGAACAUCGAGAAAUUCAACAGAAACUGCUAUUGUGGAGUGAUGCAGAUGAUAAACUCCUGAAGAUGACUCAGCUACCUGACUAUAACGUUGAGAAUUAUACCAACAUAUUACAAACCUACAUUGAUGAGAGGAUGGAAAUAUUUCAAGAUUUUAACAAAAACCUGAAAGCGUUGAGACAAGCUUUGCAGAGGGAGGAACAAGCUGCCAAAACUCAAGGCUGAAAAGUCGUCACCAAUUUGUAUCUGAAAUUUGUUAGUGCUUGCAUUGUAACUGUCAUUUGCCCAGGGGCCACAAAGUGUGCAUGUGUUCCUCUUUACUGUUUCUGUCCUUAUGAUUCUCUUUCAAAAACUUUGUCUAUAUGAAUUUUCUUAAAUGUUUUCUCUUGAAUUGUACAGAUUUAUAUCUAGUAUGCUUGAACUGACUUUAUGACACAUAACUAAAGGUGGAAGUAUGCAGACAUAGCAGUGCAGGCUUGAUUAGUUCUUUUUGAGAUGCAUUGAUUUCUCUAACCCAUUCCUCCAAUUGCUUGUGAAGAAAUUACCUUAUUUAAAAAGAAUUUUUAUUAUGUACUAUGAUGGAAUUGCUGUGCACCCUUGCCCUCUUUCAUCAUCCUCUCCCAAAAUGUUCCAAGAGACCAAUUUUAUUAUGUUGGUAUUGUGGAACUGUAUUUAAAACAUACAAGGUUUUCUAAGUUUAACAAUCAGACCUUUUUUAUAAUUAUUUCAAUAGGAUACACUGCCUACUUUUCUUUCUGAAUUUAAUGAAUAGUGGGUUUUGAAUUCUCCUCCAUUAAUAAUCAAUUUUCAGACCAAGGUCCAAUUCACUAUGCACAUUUAAAUACUACCAUUCUGUAUUUAACUAACUUGGUCUUCCUUUGUUACACUACUGAAAUUUUGAAUUAUUGAUGGACUUUGUUAGGUUUAUAAACCAGCUGCCAGGAUAUUGUAACUCUUGCCUUGUACUACAAGGCAAAAAAUCAAGCCCUUGGUGUUAUCUGUACUGACUGAUGUAAAAUAUGGCAAUCUGAUAUUUUGAAUUGUUCUACUGUGAAGGCAAAGUAAGCUCCUUUGCUGAAAAUUUGCUUAACUCGUAAGUGAAAGCAUUUCAUUCACUUUUUAAAUUCUAUGUUUAGAAAUGGAGUAGAAGGAAAUGCAUCAAUAGAGAUUUUUUGAUUCUGAAAAAUCCUUUUUAUGUAAAAAGAAAUUAGUUGUUCAAGUACUGAAUUAAGGUUUUCUUCGUCUAUCCCUAAAUGAUUGCAGUACUGAAGUUGAAAAGUCAAUCCCAGGAUGUUUGGGGCACUGAGAUGCAUUGAAUUGAAGAAUCAUCAUUAUAUUGUAAUAUUUCACAUUUAAUAAAGAAAUCAAAUGCCAUGCAAA